UUCCUGUACUGCAACUGCAACCGCAACCCUCUGGCUUAAAAUCUCCAGAAAAGAAGAAAGAAUCAUAAAUCAAAAUCAUAGAUCAGAAACGAAGAAAGAUAGAUCUGAAAAGAAGAAGGAAACAAACACACAUACAUACACACUCACACCGAGAGAGAGAGAGAGAGAGAACGAAUCACAGAUCAGAGAAGAAGAUCAUAGAUCAGAAACGAAGAAAGCCUCAUAGAUCAGAAAAGAAGAAGGAAACAGAUACACAUACAUACACACACCGAGAAAGAGAGAAAGAAUCACAGAUCAGAAACAAAGAAAGCCUCAUAGAUCCAAGAAGAAUACCAGUUCUUUGGCUCGCUUAGCGCGGCGGCGGACAGAGCGGAAGAGGAAAACAAAGAUAGAGCCGGUGAGGAGAACGCUGGUUGCGACUUGGAUAGUAGGAGGGUUGUCUGUAGUGGCGAAAAUGGAAGGAAAACUCGGUGGGAGCUCCAUCGGACCAUACUUUUCUUUUCUUUUUUAACGCCGUUUGCUUGAGGUGUUAAAUUGGACAAGUGUCAAAAUUUUAAGUAGGGAACCUACGGUAGUGUAGCUAAGGAACUGCACUUGAGUUUUGCCCAUUAAAUUUACCUCCGUAGGAGUCAAUGGGAUUUGGUUGACCCUAUCCCUCGUUUUUUAUAAUUUUUUUUUCUUUUCUGAAUCUGAGGAAAACCAAUGAAGGAAAAAAUACAAGUAGAAGAAUAAGAAGAAUCAGCUGCUCUGAAUAGUCAGUGCCGUGUCCAACCGACUCUAUUACCAGAUUCUGGUCUCUAAGCCACUUGCUGCGGUGACGAGUGUCAAGACAUUGUACUUACAUUAGUAUCCUUGUCUAUGUGAAUGAUGAAUGAAGCCUCUAUGAACCCUCAAUUUGAGAUAUCAAGUAAAAUGGCAUCAGCUGUUCUGAAAAUAGUUAAUACUACUUUAGAUUGGGUUACCAAGGCUUUAGAUGCUCCUUCUGCUCGAGCUGUUGUUUUUGGAGUGCAUAUUGGCGGGCAUUUAUUUGUGGAAGUUCUUCUUCUGGUGGUCAUCCUUUUCCUACUUUCCCAAAAAAGUUACAAGCCCCCUAAGAGGCCUUUAACAAAGAAGGAAAUAGAUGAGCUAUGUGAUGAAUGGGUCCCAGAAUCUCUCAUUCCUCCUAUUACAGAAGAGAUGCAGAGUGAACCUCCCGUGUUGGAAAGUGCUGCAGGGGUGCAUACAAUAAUCAAUGGCAAAGAAGUUGUCAAUUUUGCUUCAGCAAAUUAUCUUGGAUUGAUAGGACAUGAGAAGUUACUUGAGUCAUGUACAUCUGCAUUGGAGAAAUAUGGUGUUGGGUCUUGUGGUCCUCGUGGGUUCUAUGGAACAAUAGAUGUACACCUUGAUUGUGAAGCAAGAAUAGCAAAGUUUUUGGGAACACCUGAUUCAAUUCUCUAUUCUUAUGGACUCUCCACCAUGUUCAGUGCAAUUCCAGCAUUCUGCAAAAAAGGAGACAUCGUUGUGGUGGAUGAGGGAGUCCACUGGGGAAUACAAAAUGGCCUUUACCUUUCUAGAAGCACAAUUGUGUAUUUCAAACACAAUGAUGUGGAAUCCCUAAGAAAUACUCUGGAGAAAUUCACUGCAGAGAAUCAACGGGCUAAGAAAUUGCGGCGCUACAUUGUUGUGGAAGCUGUAUACCAGAAUUCUGGCCAAAUUGCUCCCUUAGAUGAGAUCAUUAGAUUGAAGGAGAAACAUCGGUUUCGUGUUUUAUUGGAUGAGAGCAACUCAUUUGGAGUGCUUGGCAGUUCUGGAAGAGGUCUCACUGAGUACUGUGGGGUUCCAAUUGACAAGAUAGAUAUUGUAACUGCUGCAAUGGGACAUGCAUUAGCCACAGAAGGAGGAUUCUGCACUGGAAGUGCUAGAGUUAUUGAUCACCAACGAUUGAGCAGUUCUGGAUACGUUUUUUCUGCUUCCUUGCCCCCAUAUCUUGCGAGUGCUGCAAUAACCGCUAUUGAUGUCCUGGAGGAAAAUCCUGGUCUGAUAAAGAAGCUGAAGGCAAACACUGCUCUCUUAUGGAAAGGAUUGUCAGAUAUACCUGGCCUCUCGAUAGCAAGUAAUCCUGAAUCGCCCAUUGUUUUUCUCAAAUUAGAGAAGUCAACAGGAUCAAUGAAAAAUGACUUAAGCCUUCUUGAGGACAUUGCUGACCGUGUGUUGAAGGAAGACUCCGUAUUUGUGGUGGCUUCCAAAAGAUCAACACUUGAUAAGUGCCGUUUGCCCGUUGGUAUCAGAUUGUUUGUUUCUGCGGCCCAUUCAGAAUCUGAUCUGCAGAAGGCAGCUGAAUCAUUGAAAAGAGUUACAGCAUUGGUGCUCAAGAGUUAAAACUAGUUAAACUGAGUGGUGCAUGUCAAAUCUCUACUCUGUCCGCUCUUGCCGGACCUCAUCAGGUUUCUUUUAGAUGCCCUUCAUAUUUUAAGACAAUUUUUGUAAUGUAGGCUACGGCCUGUCAUUGUUGAUAAUUUAUGUAGUAAUUCCUGUGCAAUUAUUUUUAGAAUGACAAAUUUUGUUCAUGCAACUUUUGAGUACUUUUAAUAUAAGCCAUAGUUUUAAUAGCAUCCUUUGGGGUGUCUUAUCACA